CUAUUUACUCUAAGGCAGAUGAUUACUUUUAGGGGAGGAUGGACUGUUACAUUGAAUCAAUUACGGGUCGCUGUGCUUGGAGCGCAUUCUGAGCGCAGCGGCGGAAGCUGGCAGAGGAGCGCCGGAGCCUCAUGCUCUACGCGCAGGAUUUUAUCCGACGCAUCUGUUACUGGGAUCCAAGGACUGGCACCGGAGCGUAGAUGAUUUUUUAACAUUCAUCCAGGGGUUACCUUAAUUAAGAAAAACACCCAAACGGAAUUUUAAAAAGCUUACAUUGACGCCUGGGGCCAUGGGUGUCGCGUGGGCCAUCCUUUCAUUUGGAGUCUGUUUCAUCGGGAUCCUCUUAGGUCCCCGGGCCAUUAAGAGCGAGUCUUCACCUCCACUCAUCCAUCCCGACCUGCCCGAGCUUGUUGUUAAACGUCACGCCAGCAUCAAUUUGACCUGUUCCGGGACGAGGGCCGUCAGCUGGGUGCCCCCGCUGUCGGACAAUGCCGUGGUUAAACGGGAAGACCACCGAACCGCCGUGCUGAUGAUUAAAGACGCGUCCGCCGCCAACACUGAAGCCCUAGUGUGCGAGUACGACGAUUGGCAGGGUGCAGAGGAAGAUAAGCAGGCUGAAAUAUACAUAUUUGUACCUGACCCAGAGAUUCCAUUCGCUCCCGAAAAUGUCUCAGGGGAAACGGACCUUUUGACCGACAUCCCUUGUCGCGUUACAAACCCGGACUGGCACGUCGUGCUCAGAAGUGUCCAUUCCCGGACGGAGGUGCCCGCACCAUAUUUCAACAAGAUCGGCUUCCUGGGGACUUUCCCCGAAGGCUCCUACGUGUGUGAAACCACCGUGAACGGCAAGACUCGGAGCAGCGCCAUCUACACGGUCAAGGCCGAUCGAGGAAAAGACGAUGAUUUCCAGUUGAAGCUGCACGCCAGUCAGCCAGCCGUGCGGGUGGGCGAGCCCUUCAGCCUCACCUGUGAAGGCCCCGCUGGGGACUCGUACCAGCAGACGUGGCUGCACCCCAGCAAGCAGAUCACUGGUGCUGAAGAGAGCAGGCAGGCUGUUGCUGGGACCAUGCACUACGCCCUAAGCAUCCGUGCAGCAUCUGAGCAGGACACCGGGUUUUAUGACUGCGCCGUCACCGAUACUCUGACCGGCAUGACCAGAGUCCAGAGGGUGUCUGUCACGGUCUUACCGGGUACCACGUUCAUCAGACUGGACCACAACAUCGCGCCGCUGGAAUUUUCGACCAGUCUGGAAGAGAGUGUGUUCAGCGUCUUCAUUGAUGCGUACCCUGCCCCCAAAGUCCAAUGGCUGAAGGACAAUGUGGCCAUUGAUGAGAGCCAACAUAAUAUCUUCAUCAAAUUUAACGCAAUCACUGCUAACAGGUACCUGAGCAGACUGACGCUCUCCCGCGCCCAGGAGGGCGACGGUGGGAACUACACGAUUGUGGUCUCCCAUGAGAAGGUGCCGCUCGAUGGCAAGGCGGUGCAUUACUCCUUCCAGCUGAGAGUGAGAGGCGCCGAUCCGCAGCCCCUGCUGCUGGCACUGCCCGAGAUCUGGCCCCAGCAGACGGAGAUGGUCGUCCCUCUCCACCAGGAAUUCACCCUCAAGUGCAAGGGUGAGCGGGAGGUGCUCUGGGACUUGCCCAUCUUCCCAGGAGACUUCCUGGAGGACACAGAGGAGGAUAACAGUGGCCUUUUUGUGACCACGCUCACUGUGAUUAAUGCAACUGUGGAGUACACCGGCUCUUACUCCUGCCAUCAUGUGGACAGCAACCACACCGAGCAAGACUUGACUGGCAUCUACGUCUAUGUUCCAGACCCCGACAUGCCCUUCGUCCCAUCUCUGGACCCCUACAGCAAGCACGUCCUGGCCAGUAUGGAUGACAUGGAAAUCCAGUGCCGAGUGUCAGACCCCAGGACCAAUGUGACGCUGCUGAAUGUGGACACACAGAAGGAGGUGCCGGCCACCUAUGACAGCAAGCGGGGCAUGGUGGGCUUAUUCAGCUCCGGCACCUACGUCUGCAAGGCCCUGGUCAACGGCGAGGAGCACUACAGUGAGGAGUACAUCAUCCAUGGAUGGACAACUAACGAUGACCUCCAGGUGGAGCUUCGUGUGGAACACACAGCUCUGCUGGUGGGGCAGAAGCUGGUGGUGAGCUGUAUAGCACGUGGCAGCGAGAUGCUGGAGGACCUCUGGAAGUACCCUGGGAAGAUGGGCUCAAGGGGAGUGAAGACAGUGAGGGAGAGCAAGGCAUCCCAGGAGAUCAAUUAUACGCUGACCAUCUCCCAGGCCACCACCAAGGACAGUGGCCUCUACGAGUGCUCCAUCACUGACAUCAUGACCACAAUUACUCGGACCAAGAAGGUGGAAAUCACAGUCUAUGAAAGGGAUUUCAUAUCUCUGGAGCCCACCUUCACUGCCGUGCAGUCUGCCGAUCUAGACGAGGUGAAGGAAUUUAUGGUUAUCAUUGAUAGCUUCCCCACUGCCAGGGUCACCUGGCUGAAGGACGGCAAGGUGCUGAACGACGUCAACGCUGAGAUGACCAGCAACCUUCGGCGCGUCAACGAAACCAGGUACCAAGGUACCUUGGUUCUGAUCCGAGCAAAGGAAGAGGACAGUGGAAACUACACCAUCCAAGUUAGAAAUGGGAACCUGACCCAGAGCUUCAGUUUCACGUUGAAGGUGAAAGUGCCACCAAAAAUUGUGCAGCUGAUGGACCUGCACCACAGCUCUGCCACAGGACAGUCUGUGGUGUGCAUUGCAGGAGGGCAGCCUGUGCCAGAAGUGGAGUGGUUUGUCUGCAAGAACAUCAAACUAUGCUCUAAUGAUUCAUCUCAGUGGACCUCCCUGGUUGUCAACUCCACCGAUAUCACCUUGGAGACUCACGUAAACCAGGACAACCAGCUGGAGAGUCAGGUGAUCUUUGCCAAACUGGAGAACUCUCUGGCUCUUAGGUGCCUGGCAAGGAACGAGCUAGCGGUGGCUAGCCGGGAAGUGAAACUCGUCUCAAAUGCCCUACAGUCUGAGCUCACGGUUGCAGCUGCUGUCCUGGUUCUGUUGGUCAUUGUCAUCAUCUCUCUCAUUGUCCUGGUCAUUAUCUGGAAGCAGAAACCCCGGUAUGAGAUUAGGUGGCGUGUCAUUGAAUCAAUUAGUCCAGAUGGACACGAAUACAUCUAUGUGGAUCCCAUGCAGCUUCCAUAUGACUCCAGAUGGGAGUUUCCCCGUGAUGGACUUGUUUUGGGUGAGCCUUGAGAUAUAUGCCUGACA